AUGGCGACCCAACCCUCCUACGUCACCGAGCUGACGGCGACGACGUCACAGCAGCAGCAGCCACCGCCCUCGGCACCGCCCCCCGCCGGCACCGCCCCUUUUGGGGCGGAGCUGCCGGGAGGCACCGCCCCUGGCGCGCCCCCCCCAGCGCCCCCCGCGCCCGCGCCCCCCGCCCAGCAGUUCAUCGUGGUCACCGUGGCGGCAGAGGGGCUGCGGCCCCCGGAGGGCGCCGAGGGCAGCCCAGGCCCCCCCGCGCCAUCCCAGGCCGGGCCCAGCCCGGGGGCGCAGCAGCGCUCCCCAGCCCCCAGCGCCACGGCCGCCCCCAAGCCCGGCACCCCCCAGGAGGUGCAGCAGCUGCCCCCGGUGCAGCACGUGUUCCCCACCCCCGUGUCCUACGUGGAGGGGGGGGACGGCUCGUACCCCCCCGGCGCCAUCCGCUCGGGCUCGUUCCCGUUCGCCGAGACGCCGCUGUUCGGGCAGAACUCGGGGGGCUACUUUGAGGGGGCCGGGGGGGCUGCGGUGCAGCCCAGUCCCCCCCCGCCCCCUCCCCCGGCCAGCUCACAGGCUCCCCCCGCCAGCGCCCCCGUGCCCAUGUACGUGGCGGGGGGGCAGAUUUUGGGGAGCCCCCCCGCCCCUCCCCAAAGCGGCACCGGGACCCCCGGAACCCCCGGCGGGGGCACCUACGUCAUCCAGGGGGGGUACAUGGCGGGGGGCGGCGCGGCCUAUGCUCACACCACCCGCGCCUCCCCCGCCACGGUGCAGUGGCUGCUGGAUAACUACGAGACGGCCGAGGGAGUGAGUUUGCCCCGCAGCGCCCUGUACUGCCACUACCUGCUGCACUGCCAGGGCCACAAGCUGGAGCCCGUCAACGCCGCCUCCUUCGGGAAGCUCAUCCGCUCCGUGUUCAUGGGGCUGCGCACACGGCGCCUCGGCACCAGGGGGAAUUCCAAGUAUCAUUACUACGGGCUGCGCAUCAAGGCGGGGUCGCCGCUGCUGCGGCUCGUGGAGGACCAGCAGCACUUGGCCAUGCGCCAGCAGCCCUUCGCCCAGAAACAACGCCUCAAACCCGUGCAGAAGAUGGAGGGGGGAGUCACCAACGGGGUGUCGUCAGGGCCGGCCCCUCCCGGCGUCCCUGACAUCAGCGCCCAGGUGCAGCAGUACCAGCAGUUCCUGGAUGCCUCCCGCACGCUGCCAGAGUUCUCCGAGAUCAACGUGCAGGGGAAGGGGCUCCCCGAGGGCGUGGGGGCCGAGGACCUGCGCAUAUUCCAGCAGCUCUACAGGGAGCACUGCGAGGCCAUCGUGGAUGUGAUGAUCAACCUCCAGUUCUCGCUGGUGGAGAUGCUCUGGAAAAGCUUCUGGCGCUGUAGCGGCGAGACCGAUGCGCAGGAGGAGGCGGAGCGGCGCCUGCCCCGGCGGCGGCUGCUGCUGCUGGCCCGGCACGAGCCCGUCCUGCGCUGGGUGCGCGACUGUGACCACACCCUGUACCAGGGGCUGGUGGAGAUCCUGGUGCCCGACGUGCUGCGCCCCAUCCCCAGUGCCUUGACCCAGGCGAUCCGGAACUUCGCCAAGAGCCUGGAGAGCUGGUUGGGGAACGCCAUGGUCAGCAUGCCCGAGGAGAUGGUCCGGGUCAAGGCGGCAGCGGCCGGGGCCUUCGCACAGACCCUGCGGCGCUACACGUCCCUGAACCACCUGGCACAGGCGGCCCGGGCCGUGCUCCAGAACACGGCCCAGAUCAGCCAAAUGCUCAGCGACCUCAACCGCGUUGACUUCGCCAACGUCCAGGAGCAGGCGGCCUGGGUGUGCCGCUGCGAGGCUCGGGUGGUGCAGCGCCUGGAGCAGGAUUUCAAAGCCACGCUGGGGCAGCAGCACUCGCUGGAGCAGUGGGCAGCCUGGCUGGACGCCGUGGUGGGCCGUGUCCUGCGCCCGCACCUGGGCACGCCCGGGUUGCCCCGCGCCGCCAAGCUCUUCCUGCUCAAGUGGUCCUUCUACAGUUCGAUGGUGAUCCGGGACCUGACCCUGCGAAGCGCCGCCAGCUUCGGCUCCUUCCACCUGAUCCGGCUGCUCUACGACGAGUACAUGUAUUACCUGGUGGAGCAGCGCGUGGCGCGGGCCCGGGGCACCUCCCCCAUCGCCGUCAUGGGCGAGUUCGCUAACCUAACCAGCUCCCUGAACUCGCAGGACCCUGACAAAGAUGAGGAAGAGGAGGAGGAGGAGGAGAGUGAUGAGGAGCUGCCGGCAGAGCUGGGGCUGGGGGGAAACGAGGGGCCCCCCGAUGCCCUGGAGCCCCCCCUGGAGCCCCCCCUGGAGCCCCCCCCGGCCAAGCUGCCCCGGGCCGACCCCCGCGGGCUCUUCGUGCAGGCCCUGCCCUCGAGCUGA